AUGGUUCCCAAUAGCAUCUCUAAAGGUGAAAUGGAGCCCAUCAGAGACACUAUUGGUUUCCUGCUGGUGUUUCUGUGCAUGCUCCUACCGUCGAUGAACCCUGAAUUUUCCUCUUCUGGCGCCUACAUGGCAAUGAGGAGAUCCUUGUCUUCCUCCUUACUUCUACUGCUUCAUCUGGAGAGCUCAAGGGAUGUCCUGUGGAAGUCUCCGUCAAAGCUCUUUAGGAUACAUAACACUAUUGUAUAUACACCCGUGUCCUUUAGAGACUUAGUUGCAACUCAAAAUAUUUUCAAGCUCGGGCUAAGACCAGUGCCUACUCUAAAGAUGGCCAUCUCAAUCACAGAGGUCAUAGUGGAAGCUCCUAUGAUGAAAAGAGCUGGGGAGGAUGAUGUUCCUUUUUCUUCUAGGAAGAGGUUAUGA